UUCGCGUUAGUGGUCGUCGCAAAGUUCAAUGUAGCGUGAACGCGAUUUAUUGCAGUCAUUGUUUGUUCGUUAAUGAGAGAUGUUCGAUGUGUUGUUCGUAGUUUUGUGACUUGUUCAGAAAGAGAAAGGGAUAGAGAAAGAGAGAAAAAUCGAAGAUCAAGACUUAAAAAUAAGAGAAUUUGAUUUUAAUUUCUAAACGAAUGAUCGGAUAGACAGAAAUUCUAAAUUACACCUCGUGCGUUAGAUUCUUCAAGAUAAUCUCAUCUAUUUAACGUCAAGAAAUAUCCAAGGAAGGAUCAGUGAAAGAUUAAAUGUAUCGAUAUGGAAAGUCAAACUAUGGAUCAAUUUUGCGGAUCCAAAUUUUGGGAUGCUAAUUUAACAUGGAACACGGAUGAUCCAGAUUUAACAGAAUGUUUUCAAAAAACUGUAUUAAUAUGGGUACCAUGCUUGUUUCUUUGGAUAUUCUCUGCUAUGGAAGUUUAUUAUCUGUUAAAUAGUAGAAGAAAAAAUAUCCCAUACACGUGGUUAUAUAUUUCUAAGCAAGUACUUACUGCGGCAUUAAUUGUGCUUACAAUUGUUGAUUUAGGAAAAGCAAUACACAAUAUUCCUUAUGAGACUGUAUACAAUGUAGAUUACGUUACCCCUGUUAUAAAAAUAGUUAGUUUUGUUUUAGCAGGAGUUUUACUAUUCUACAAUAAAAAGUAUGGAAUGCGUACAUCAGGAUUAUUAUUUCUAUUUUGGUUUUUCCUUGUAUUAUGCGGUAUUGUGCAAUUAAGAAGUUUAUUAAUACAAUAUUCAAACGAAGAACUGACGUACCUGUUUGUAUCAUAUAUGAUCUAUUACAGUUUAAUAUUGUCAAUGUUCCUAUUAAAUUUCUUUGUUGACGCAGAGCCUAAAUAUUCGGAAUAUCCAUUGGUGGAAAGACCAUGUCCAGAACAAAAUUCAUCAUUUCCAUCGAGACUUACUUUCGCAUGGUUCGAUGCACUUGCAUGGAAAGGUUUUAAAAAACCUUUAGAAGCUAAUAAUUUAUGGUCUAUGAAUCCUGAAGAUACAGCUUCUCAGAUAGUUCCAAAGUUUGCUACAUAUUGGAGUAAAAACUCUAGAAAAGAAGAUAAGCUAUUUUGGUCUUACUUUAGUGUACAAAAUGCUAAAGCGUCAUUUAGAAAAUCAUCUGGUCAAGUUAAUUUUGAUAAUAAUACUCCUAGGAAGAAAGUUUCUUCUAUUUUACCACCACUUUGUAAGGCUUUUGGUGCAACUUUUAUAUUUGGUGCGGUACUUAAACUUAUACAAGAUAUCAUGAGUUUUAUUAGUCCACAAUUGUUAAAAUUACUUAUUAGGUUUGUUAGUGGUGGUGAACCAUUAUGGAAGGGCUACUUUUAUGCACUUUUACUCUUAAUUACGGCAACAUUACAAACCUUAGUGUUAUCGCAAUAUUUUCAUCGUAUGUUUUUAGUUGGAUUACGUAUACGUACUGCACUGAUAACAGCUAUUUAUAGAAAAGCAAUGAGAAUGUCAAAUUCAGCUAGAAAAGAAUCAACACUUGGUGAAAUAGUUAAUUUAAUGUCCGUCGAUGCACAGAGGUUUAUGGAUUUAACAGCAUAUAUAAAUAUGAUUUGGUCUGCACCAUUACAAAUUAUUUUAGCGUUGUCAUUUUUAUGGGAGAAAUUAGGUCCAGCUGUGCUUGCUGGAUUAGCUGUUAUGAUUGUACUUAUACCUAUUAAUGCAUUAAUUGCUAAUAAAGUUAAAACAUUACAAAUUCGUCAAAUGAAGGACAAAGAUGACAGAGUUAAAUUAAUGAAUGAAGUACUUAAUGGAAUAAAAGUGUUGAAGUUAUAUGCUUGGGAGCCAUCUUUUGAAGAACAAAUAUUACACAUUAGAAAGAAGGAAAUACAAGUGUUAAAAGAAGCAGCAUAUCUUAAUGCAGGAACGAGUUUUAUUUGGUCUUGUGCACCAUUUUUGGUUUCAUUGGUGUCUUUUGCUACAUAUGUACUUAUUGAUGAAAAAAAUGUAUUAGACAGUGAGACUGCAUUUGUUUCACUAAGUUUAUUCAAUAUUUUAAGAUUCCCGCUUUCUAUGUUACCUAUGAUGAUAGGUAAUAUAGUUCAGGCUUAUGUUUCCAUUAAACGUAUUAAUAAAUUCAUGAACACGGAAGAACUUGAUCCUAAUAAUGUACAACAUGAUCCAUCUGAAUUACAUCCAUUAGUCAUUGAGAAUGGCAGCUUUGCUUGGGACAUGGAAAAUAGUGAUAAACCAAUUUUAAAAAAUAUCAAUAUGACCAUAGAACAAGGUCAGUUAGUAGCAGUAGUUGGAUCAGUUGGAUCUGGAAAGAGUUCAUUGAUAUCAGCUUUUCUUGGAGAAAUGGAAAAAUUAAAUGGUCGUGUUAAUACAAAAGGUUCUGUUGCAUAUGUUUCUCAACAAGCUUGGAUACAAAAUGCAACUUUGCAAGAUAACGUUUUGUUUGGAAAACCAUUAAACAAAGCUUUUUACAAUCGAGUUAUAGAUGCAUGUAUGUUGGGUCCAGAUCUUGAAAUGUUACCUGCAGGAGAUCAAACAGAAAUUGGUGAAAAGGGUAUCAACUUGUCCGGUGGUCAAAAACAAAGAGUUGCAUUAGCAAGAGCAGUGUAUAAUGAAUCAGACAUUUAUUUCUUGGAUGAUCCUUUAAGUGCAGUAGAUUCUCAUGUUGGAAAACAUAUAUUUGAAAAUGUGGUAGGCCCUGGUGGUCUGUUAAAGAAAAAGACAAGGGUACACAUUACGCAUGAUAUUGUUUAUCUACCGGAAGUUGACAAUAUCUUUGUUCUUAAAGAUGGUGAAAUAACAGAAAAUGGAACAUACAAACAGCUUAUGGACAAAAGGGGUGCCUUUGCUGAAUUUUUAAUGCAACAUUUACAAGAAGUUGGAAAUCUGCACUCUGAUGAUGCUUCGGAUGCAGAUUUACAUGAAAUUAAGCAGCAAUUGGAAUCAAAAAUCGUUACCCAAGAAUUGCAAGAUAAAUUAACACGUACUAUAUCAAGAAUUUCAGAAAGUCAAAGUGAAUCAGGAUCAAUAACUGAUAGAAGAUCAUUAAAUGGUUCUCUCAAGAGGCAAUAUUCUACAGAAAGUCAACAAUCUGUAAACUUAUUAUCUGGAAAAAAUAUGAAAGAUAAAGCUGCAUUACAACCGAAGAAAGGUGAAAAAUUAAUUGAAGUAGAAAAAGCUGAAACUGGCAGUGUCAAGUGGAAAGUGUAUUCGCAUUAUUUUAAAUCUAUUGGAUGGUUCCUAUCAAUAUCUACGAUAAUUAUGAAUGCUGUCUUCCAAUCGUUCAGUAUUGGAUCAAACGUUUGGCUGAGUAAGUGGUCAGAUGAUAAUAUGACUUCAGUGAAUGGUACAAUAGUAAAUGAAGAAUCAAGAAGAGACAUGUAUCUUGGAGUAUAUGGAGCUCUUGGUUUUGGGCAAGCGAUGGCGAGUUUUUUCUGCGAUUUGGCACCUCAGCUGGGUUGCUGGCUGGCUGCUCGCCAGAUGCAUAUAAUGAUGCUGCGUGCUGUGAUGCGUGCUCCAUUGACCUUCUUUGAUACAACACCUACUGGUCGUAUUAUCUCAAGGUUUGCUAAAGAUGUGGACAUACUGGAUACAUCUCUUCCUCCACAAAUUUCUGAUAGCAUCUAUUGUCUUUUCGAGGUAAUAGCAACUCUCUUCGUUAUCAGCUUUAGUACACCAGAAUUUGUUGCUGUAAUUGUACCAAUAGGAUUUGUAUAUUACUUCAUACAACGUUUUUACGUUGCCACUUCACGACAAUUAAAACGUUUGGAAUCAAUAUCAAGAUCUCCCAUAUAUUCACAUUUUAGUGAAUCUGUAACUGGAGCUCAAACAAUCAGAGCAUUUGGUGUACAAGAUAGAUUUAUACAUGAAUCUGAAAGUAAAGUAGAUUUUAAUCAAGUUUGUUAUUAUCCUGGUAUAAUUGCAAAUAGAUGGCUUGCAGUACGUUUGGAAAUGGUUGGAAAUUUAAUUAUAUUCUUCUCAGCAUUAUUUGUUGUAUUAGGAAGAGAUACUAUUAGUGCUGGUUUCGUUGGAUUGUCUGUCAGUUAUUCUUUACAGAUUACACAAACUUUGAAUUGGCUUGUACGUAUGACCUCUGAUGUAGAAACAAAUAUUGUAGCAGUAGAAAGAAUAAAAGAAUAUAGUGAGACACCUCAAGAAGCACCAUGGGUGGUACCAGAAACUGCUCCACCAAAGGAAUGGCCUGUAACCGGUCAAGUUGAAUUCAAGGAUUACAAAGUUCGUUACAGAGAAGGAUUAGAUCUUAUUCUUCAUGGUUUAACAUUUACCGUUAAUGGUGGAGAAAAAGUUGGUAUCGUUGGUAGAACCGGCGCUGGAAAAUCUUCCUUAACUUUAUCAUUAUUUAGAAUAUUAGAAGCAGCUAGUGGAAAAAUUAUUAUCGAUGGCGUUGAUGUUGCUAAAUUAGGUCUUCACGAUCUUAGAUCUAAAUUGACCAUUAUACCACAAGAUCCAGUAUUAUUCUCUGGAACUUUGAGAAUGAAUUUAGAUCCGUUUGAUCAACAUACGGAUGAUGAAGUUUGGAGAGCACUGGAACAUGCUCAUCUUAAAUCUUUUGUGCAAAAUCUACUUAAUGGCUUGUUACAUGAAGUAUCCGAAGGAGGUGAUAAUCUCAGUGUGGGUCAACGACAAUUAAUAUGUUUAGCACGAGCCCUUCUUCGUAAAACCAAAGUUCUUGUAUUAGAUGAAGCAACAGCUGCAGUUGAUUUAGAAACAGAUGAUUUAAUUCAAAGAACAAUUAGGGAAGAUUUUAAGGAUUGCACAGUUUUAACAAUAGCACAUAGGCUUAACACAAUAUUGGACUCUGAUAGAGUUAUUGUACUGGACAAAGGGCUCAUUAUUGAAUACGAUGCACCCGAAGUUUUACUUCGAAAUUCAUCAAGUGCAUUUUAUAGCAUGGCAAAAGAUGCAGGUCUGGUAGCUUAAUAAUUACAUGUACGUCACAAAUAAUUUGAUGAUAGCCUAUCAAAUUAAUGAAAUUACAAAAAAAAAAAGAAAA